AUGAACCCCACGAGUCUGGUUACGAAUGACAGUUACCUCGACAGAUAUCACGAUCCUCGGAACGCUCGGAACAUGCUCACGUCACGCUCAAAGCAGCUGCCUGUGAUUCGCAACGUCAUCUCACAAACAGUCGCCGUGCUAGCCAAAUCCCUCCCGUUUCGCCAUCCCGCUUCCAGUAGUCGUUACUUUUCUCACACCCCGACCAUGGCCGCCAAAGAGUACAAGCUCAAAGGCCUCACGUCGCUCUCCAUCUCGCCCGGCUCCAAGCAAGAAGUCGAGGUUGAAGGAAUCGAAAAUGCCAAGGUCCUCCUCGUCAAUGCUGGCGGCCACAUCCAAGCCCUAGGCUCCAAAUGCACCCACUAUGGUGCUCCGUUGGUUAAAGGCGUACUGACCGGCGCCGGCCGGUUAACCUGUCCAUGGCACGGAGCCUGCUUCAAUACCCGCACCGGAGACAUUGAGAGCGCGCCCGGCCUCGAUGCCCUACCCGUCUUUAAGCUGACCGAGCGCGACGGCGCCGUAUACGUCACCGGCGACGAGGCCACCAUCAGGAGCUCCCGACGCCCACCCAACUUUACCUGCCAUGCCGGCGCCAGGAAAAAGUUUGAGGGUAAUGUCGUCAUCAUCGGCGGCGGCUCCGGCGCCAUGGGCGCCGUCGAAGGCCUCCGCGAAAAGGGAUACGAUGCUGGCAUUACCAUUAUCUCCAACGAGGGCUACCUGCCCAUCGACCGGCCCAAGUUGAGCAAGGCGCUCAUCGCCGACCCGAGCAAGCUCGCCUGGCGUGAAAAGACGUGGUUCGAGGCGGGCGCCGUCCGCUGGGUCGACGGCGAGGUGGACGGCGUAGACUUUUCCAAUCGCACCGUCAGCACCAAGAGCGGCGGUCGCUUCGAGUACGCCAAGCUCAUCCUCGCCACUGGCGGCACGCCGCGCGUCCUGCCCCUCCAGGGAUUCAAGGUGCUUGACAACAUUUUCACACUGCGCAGCGCGCACGACGUCAAGAGGAUCAAUGCGGCGAUUGGCGAGAGUAAGGGGAAGAAGAUUGCCGUCAUUGGCUCGUCCUUUAUUGGCAUGGAGGUGGCAAAUGCGACUAGUAAGGACAACACGGUGACUAUUAUAGGCAUGGAAAAGGUGCCGCUGGAACGGAUCCUCGGCGAGGAAGUCGGUGCUGUGGUGCAAAAGACAUACGAGAGCAAGGGUGUCAAAUUCUACAUGAAUGCUGCCGUCGACAAGGCAGAGCCCUCGGGCGACAACCCGUCCAAUGUCGGCGCCGUGUACCUCAAGGACGGCACAAAGAUUGAAGCAGACGUCGUGAUCCUCGGUGUCGGUGUCUCGCCCGCUACCGAGUACCUACGGGACAACGCUGUGAUUCGUCUCGAGGAAGACGGCUCGCUCAAGACGGACGAGAAUUUCCUGGUCCAGGGCUUCAAAGACGUUUACGCCGUUGGCGACAUUGCGACGUAUCCGUACAACGGACCCGGCGGCGACGGCAAAUUUACGCGCGUCGAGCACUGGAACGUGGCGCAAAACUCUGGGCGCUCGGCGGCCCAGCACAUUGUCAAUGCUGCAGCUCCGGCGCCGGCCUUUAUUCCCAUCUUCUGGUCCGCUCUCGGCGCGCAACUGCGGUACUGUGGCAACUCGAGCCCGUCGGUCGGUGGAUGGGACGAUUUGGUCCUGCACGGCGAACUUGAGCAGAGCAAAUUCAUCGCCUAUUAUACUCGCGGAGACACUGUCGUGGCUGCUGCAAGCAUGGGCAUGGAUCCUGCCGUCAUGCAGUCUUCGGAGUUGAUGCGCCUCGGCAAGAUGCCCAGCAAAUCAAUGCUUCAGGCUGGCUAUGAUGUUCUGAGCGUGAAUUUGUCUGAUUAA